AGACCACCUGGGCGUUAUCUCCGAACCUGCUCAAUCCAUAACCAAAUCAGACUCCAUCUCACCAGUCGGUCAGACACUCAGUCCGAAGUGUUCAUUUCUUGUCAGUCUGUUGGACUGACUUUAAGGCAACAGAAGGAAACUAAGAGUUCGGAAAAGGGGUCAAUGAGUACAGCUAAAGGAAGAAGUUGGGGGUGUGUAAUGGGUUAACUGCGGAAGGCCUCGCCUCACCUUUAGUGCGCGUCACCCGGCUCUGUAAAGUGGUCUCACCAUCCCAGCAGCCCAACCAAAGGAGGGCAAAUCACCGCCUCUUGCAGCCGCCAGACGCGCGUAUCUCCUCGGUCUGUCUCUCAUCCUCGUGCCGGUGUCCGCCUCUCCGCUCCAUCCGCGCACAUCCACGAGACAACGGGGAACUGAAGGGAUAAGAGUGAUUCACAGGCAUCAUGAAGGACCGAAUGCAAGAACUUCGACAUGGGAAGGAGACGGCGGAGGAGGAGGAUGAAGUUGCUGUGGGGAUGGACAAAGGCUUCAUGGAUGAAUUCUUUGAACAGGUGGAGGAGAUCCGGGGUUUUAUCGAGUCUCUGGCAGAGAAAGUGGAGGAGGUAAAGAGGAAGCAUAGCGCCAUCCUUGCCUCACCUAACCCUGAUGAGAAGACAAAGACCGAGCUGGAGGAUCUCAUGGCAGACAUCAAGAAGUUGGCCAACAAAGUGCGCUCCAAAUUAAAGAGUAUACAGCAAACCAUAGAGCAUGAAGAAGGCCAGAACAAGUCAACAGCUGACCUGAGGAUACGCAAAACACAGCACUCCACGCUCUCCCGUAAGUUUGUUGAGGUAAUGUCAGAAUACAACACCACCCAGUCCGACUACAGGGAGCGCUGCAAGGGACGCAUCCAGAGACAGCUGGAGAUCACUGGGAGAAACACAACAAAUGACGAGCUGGAGAGCAUGUUGGAGAGUGACAACCCAGCCAUCUUUACGUCUGGGAUCAUAAUGGACAACAUCACAGAGCAAGCUAUGAAUGAGAUCGAGACUCGACACAAUGAGAUCAUCAAGCUGGAAAACAGCAUCAGAGAGCUUCACGACAUGUUCAUGGACAUGGCCAUGCUGGUGGAGAGCCAGGGUGAGCUGGUGAACAACAUCGAGCGCAGUGUGCAGGAGGCUCAGGAACAUGUCGAUCAGGCGAAGGAGACAAUCCCAAAAUGCAAAAAGUUCAAAAAGUCAAGCAGACGGAAAGUGAUCCUGAUAUCAAGUUGUAUAGCAGUGUGUCUGACUAUCCUCAUUAUUGCCCUCUCAGUUGGACUCAGUUAGGGUUUAAAGAAAUCCCUUCAGAGCAGACGCGGCAGGAGUCGGCGCCUCCCUCUCGGGGUUAUUUCAGCACUUAAAUGUACUGUAUGGAGAUCUCUGUGGUCACUCAGAGACUGCUUUAAAAGUAGAAUGCUGGCAUAAAUAACCAGUCUGAUGGCACUCUAAUAUGUUUUGUGCACUUAAAAUUUUAAAUGUUUUUUUUUCUAAACAAAAUCUCAAAACUAUUUAGAGACCAGUCAAUUAUGUUUGUGUUUGUGUUUUGAUUCACUUACCUUCAUAAUGUGCAUGUUCUACAGUCGGUUGAAGAGCUUCGCAUGUGUUUGCCUGCUGAUAUUUAUUCAUGUUAACCGCCAACGCCACAUGUUUUACAUCUUAAAUAUGCUUCAAAGGCAAUGUGUGCAUUGUUACAGAAAAGUCAAUCAAUCAGUGAAUAGACUGAUUUCAGCUCGCUGCAUAUAUUUGGCUGUCUGACACAUUAAUCGCUUUGAAGCUGCCUCAAGGUGGCACCAAAAAUGAGGCAUCUUCAGAUUACAUACUGGCUUUAACAUGAAUACAAUUCAAAUGUCUGCAUCUGUAAGUUUUCAAAAUAUUGUGUGAUCUGGGUUGAACAAAAUGCAGGCACGUGAUAUUGUUGUUGGUUUUAAAAGGAAGAGAAUUUAGAGAAGUUCACAGUCAAACUCAGUGAAGUCAUCACAGGCAUAAAAAGGAUGUUCUCUGCCAUGCCUUGUGUUUAUCUACUUUUCCUCUUAACUGCAUUUUGUUCAUUUGGUUAUUUAUUUUGUAACACGAACAGUAAAACUAACAAACAUGUUUCUCUUUUCCCAUUGCUGCCUUGGAUGACUGUUUAACUACAUUUUCUAACACUGUGCAGAAGAAAAUAAUGAUUAUUAUAUGCUGUGUAAUUCUGGGAGUUGUUGUCGCUUCCAUCAUUGGGGGAACGCUGGCCUGAACCUCACCCACAAUCACGCUUAAAGGCACACAGCCGAACACACACACACACACGCAACAGAUUCACAUUUCCAGUGUCCUGUUCUCACGGAUGCAAUCUAACACAUGGUUUGAACAAGGUGCGCUGCAUACUGUACGACACAUUUUACACACCGUGUACAGGGCCGGAGGUGUUCCCCGCAUGAGUUGCUAUUCUGUAAACGUGUGGUGCUGCAAAGUGUUAACCUGAGUGUUGAAUGUUGUCAACAAUAUGAUGUUUCUAAAAGUGAAUUCUUGAUUGACAAAGAUGCUAAACGAUAUGUAAAGCUAUACUAAAACAUUCCAACUUCCAGAUAUGACGCUUAUUCAGUUGUAAUGUCUAUUUUGUGUUGCACAGGCCAAAUGACCGGCCGCUAAUCUGCAGUUCACUUAAAGCCACGUUUUGUCAGAGAAUUAUCUUUAUUCAUUCCUAAAUAUUUGUACUUUUUUUUUUUCUAUCGUCCUCUACCUCCUUUCAGACGCUCUGCAUGAUUUUGUUGCUGUUAAGAUGUUGUUUUUCUGUUGCAAAGGGAGCCAGGAUUUUUGAUUAUUUCUUGUGGAAUCAUCACACUGUUGAACUUAAACCUUUUUUUUAUUUUUUAUAUAUAGUUUAUGAAAGCAACGCGACUAUAUUCACCGGUUGUGCAGCAUUUCUGACCAUUGCUCCAGUGUUGGGUGUGAGUGUGUGUGCAUGCGUAUAUAAGUUAAAGAGAAUAACUGUUCAUUUGUAGCUACAAGUUUGAAUGUGCUGAGUGUCAGUUGUCGGAUGAGAACAUGCAGUAGCCUACUUGUUAAUAGCCACUUGUGUCUUUGUUUUGUAUAGAGUGUAAACUGUUAUAAAGCUCUCUAACACUGCCACUAUGUUCAAAUAAGAUGUGAAAAUGGAGUUUAGUCUGGUAGGAUUGAUUAUUCUGGUUGUAAGUAACAACAUUGUUGUUUCAUGUGUUUUUAUAAGCUUUAAUCUGAGUGUACUAUGUGUCAUGCUACUUUAUGUUUACUUCUUUUUUUUUUUAACUUGAUGAGUCAGUGAAAGCAUGAACUCAUGUAGCCG